AUGAAGAAGAACAAGAACAAGAACAAGAAGAAAAGGAGUAGCAAGAGAAGAAGGAGAAAGAAGAGGAUGAGGAUGAGAAGCAAGAGGAUAAACUGGGGAAGGAGGAAGAGAUGCAAAAGAAGAACUAGAAGACGAGGAAGAAGAAGAAAGAGGGAGGAGAAGGAAAAAAAAGGAGAAAAAGAAGGAGAAAGAGGAAAAUUGACAAGCAAAAGGAGGGAGGCGGGAAAGUGGCGGGAAGGAGAGACGAGGAAGAGGAAAAGGAGGAGAAGAUUGAAGAAGCAGGAGGAAGAGUGGCAAGAGGAGAAAGAGAAGGAGAAAGAGGAGAAGCAAGAGGAAAAUAAGAAAGCACAGAGAACGUGGAGAGAAGGAGAAAAAGGAAAAUCGGCCGGAAAAAGAAGGGAGGAAAAACAAUUGGAAGGAGAAAUGAGAAAAAAAGGUGAGGAUGAGGAUGACAAGGAGGAGGAGGAGAUGGAGGAAGAGUGGCAAGAAGAGGAGAGGGAGAAAGAGGCGAAGCAAGAGGAAAAGUAG